UCAACGGUGCAAGAUCUAAUGGAAACCAUGAACCGACGAUUUGAUGAGAUGGCGCGCACGGUGCUCGAUCGCCUGCCACCGCCGCGGCAACGCGAUCAGGUGCGACAGCGCGACCGCGAGCGGCCUGAAGGAGAGGAUCGGCGGCGCGAGGAAUAUGAGCGCGAGGACGACCUCGAUCGGCAGUCCCAGGUGUCCACAUACCGCGAUCGGCGUGCUCCCGACAAACCGCGCAUCACGUUGUCCACGUUCGCGGGCAGUGAUCCGGAUGCAUGGCUCAAUAGGGCAAUGCAAUAUUUUGAGCUCAAUGAAACCGACGGUACAGAUCGCGUCAGGUAUGCCGCUUAUUAUAUCGAUGGUGAGGCCAAUGUAUGGUGGAAAUGGCUCACAAG